UAAGCGAGUGCAAAGUUGUUACCUGAUUUCCGGAAUGUAACCUUGAAGUGUAAAACUAGUGGUGUUUAUAAUAAUAAGAUAUAUUGAAACUGUUAUCUGCACUAAGUAAAACUAGUAAACGUGUAAGAUAAGUCUUUAUAUGGCUCGUUUGGUGGCAGUUUGUCGAUCGGACGAGUACAAGUUCGAAAGACGUCAAAUUCCUUUGACUGUUGAAUCCCUGACUAUGGUGAUACAGUUCAAUGAAAAGUGUAUUGACUGUGAAUAUGUGUGUGGAAUCAAACAGAAGGAACUGGAACAUUUCGUGCAGAGGUUUGACAUUCUUACCAAGGAUGAACUCGCAGUGGCACUGAUGGUGACCAGCAAAGACAUCAUGAACCAGCUGACUCACAUGGUCACUUGUGUGGGCUGCAGAAGAAGUGUUGAACGUCUCUUCAGUCAGUUGGUUGAGUCAAGACAUCCCGCCCUGGAACCGCUGUUAAUAACAAGUCGAGCCGAAUUAUCCCUCAAACAUGAAUACCUGUUUGAUCCACGGGCACUCUAUGCACUUUUUUAUAUUCAUGGAUCAAAAUUAAACAAUGUGAUGGAGUCAAUUCCAAAGAGUAAAAAGAACAAAAGAUGCAAUUUGCAUUCUUUGGAGACCCACAAGACAAAGACGCCUGGACUGUGGUCAGAUGUCUGGGAAUUACUGUCUCAAGACUGUCGGAAAGAAGUUGUUCUCAUCGAUGCUGAAAGUCUGUUGGACACACUGAAUACGUACUUACGUAAACACAGGUUUUGUGGUGAAUGCAAAUCGAAGGUGCAUUUAGCAUACAGUAUACUAGUGGGUGAGAAGGACAGCACUAAAGAAAAGGGUUACUGUGCGAGGCUGUAUGAAAACCUGAGGUGCUGUCCCAAGGAGAGGCACGUGCAUGUCGUGUGUGAUACAGAGUUUAUUGCACAUCUUAUUGAGAAAGCUGAGCCAGAGUUGGUGGGAAAUCGGAGAGAUCGCCAUGCUAAGACUCUGGAUAUUGCACAAGAAGAAGUUUUAACGUGUCUCGGCAUCCAUAUUUACGAUCGCCUCCAUCAGAUCGGACAGAAGCUGCGUUCUGAGGAACAGACGUGGCAGAUUUUAUUCUACCUUGGUGUUGAUACACUGAAGAAAAGUUUUGAGAUGGCGUUUGAGAGAAAGCAAGGAGCUUCAAACUUGGAACUGAUAUGUGAAGAACUGCUGGAGGAGGAAAGACAAAAGGAACAGCGACGGGAACAGAAACGACAAAAACGUAAGAAGAAAAAAGCCAAGAAUCAGUUGCUGGAAAAUAUGGAAAAGGAGAAUCAAGAAAACCAGAAAACUGAUGAAAAUGUCCAUUGUCAGUGCCAUCCAGGCUGUACAGAACCGCUGAGUACCUCGCACUCCCUUCACUGUGAUAACCAUGUGUGUGGCGAUGCCCACUUCUGCCCACACUCCGCCUCGUCGCUCGAGACCUGCAAACGCUGUGAUGAUAAACAGGACAAGCUGGUUCAGAACGGAAGCUGUCGGAACAUCGACUUUGGGUACUCGUCCGGUGCGGACGGUUGUGAAAGCUGUAGCGUGCCCAGCUCCAAUGAAGGCUCAGACAUUGCUUGCUCAGAUGGCAUUUGCACUCACGAAGGAGGUGAAUGUGUUUCCAGUUUGCUAACUGACAGCCUCGACAGUUGUUCCAGUUGUCUGUUGUCCAGUAGUGAUUCUCCGAAACACUCCUCUAGAUCUUCCAGUUAUCAGUUUGCAAACCCGAGGUUUUCGUGUUGUAGCCAGUCAGCACAGUGUAGUCAUUCGGACAGCAGUUCUCACUCAACGCCCAGCAGACAGGGGAUGUGUCUCUCUUUACAAGACAUGCUAGAGGAACCGUGUUCAUCAGAAGAAGAUGGCAAUGGUAUAUCGGAGGAAGACAUACAGAUGUUCAAGGCUAACCAGAAGAUGUGGCGGCGGAAACGUGAGGAACUGCGAGAGACUCUGCGGCAGAGAUUUGAGGACAUGCAGCUUCGUGGGGGACCGCGGUGUUCGACAGAAGAGGGGCCGGAUGGUGCACCGUCUGAGGGAGGGCAGUGAGAACGCACUGUCAUGUGACUAGGUCAUGUCAUGUGACACGGCUUACAACAUUCAUUAUUCACCUCGAGACAGUCGACUGCUAAUUUUACUGACAAAACAUUUACAUAUUUUAACAGGUUUUAAGUUGUAGACAGGUUUUACUAUUAUUGUUUCACAUCAUUUUCUCUAGAUUUUAUUCUCCUGUUGCUUUAUUCAAAAAUCUGCAAUGAGUAAGGAUAUUGAAUGAUGGUAAAUCACUUCAGAGGUGUUAUUAUGUACAAGUUUUUUGUUUCAUCACAGAGAAAGGGGUGGGCAGAAAAAUAGUCUUGUAUUAAAAGUUAAUGGGUUAGGCUAUUGAAAACAAUUUCUUCAUUGCCACUGACAGCCUGUAUACUUCUAGGGAUGUAACGAUUUAUCGAUAAAUCAACAUGUUGCGAUAUUUCUCUCUACAAUACGAUUCACAAUACAUGCACUAUGGUGUUCAUACGUACGUUUUUAAAAAUCGAUAUUUGUCAUUUAAAGUGUCGAUUUAUUAAAAAUAAAUGUAGGUUUUGUAAAAUUUAAGUCCAAUAUGACCAAUUGACCAUACGCAAACCGCAUAUCUUGUCCUAGUUUCCGUUCCAGUUACCAUUAUUGAAAACCAGUCCACGCACAGCUGGAUAUAACGUUAAGUAAAAUUAAUUUAUAUUGGCUGAUAUCCAGAUUUGUGGCCAAUCGCUUGCUUGAACCUAGCGCUUCUUUGGUAUUGUUUGACAUGUGCAUCAUCUUUGCAAAGCAUGGAGUUCUUGGCAGACGAAUUUGAAAAUCGGCCUGCGAAGUACAAGUCUGCCGUGUGGCGUUUUGUUCAAGUUUCUCAUUUAUUAUGAGAACGGUAUUAGAAAAGUCCCUAAUUAAUUAAAUGGCAACACAACAAAUAUGUUGUCACACAUUACUCGCCAUCACCCAUCAUUGGUCAACUCCCCUGAUCCUACGAAACAUAAAACAGACUUGAGUAUGUCAAAUGUUUGCAAAAAGCUGCAAAAGACCGACGAUUUAAUUCUUCACAUGAAUGUGAUUUUUUAAAACCAAUAAUUCAAAUACAGUUGUGAACCAUUUGUGGUUGUUUUCUUUGCAAUCCUCACACAUAUUGUAAGUCUGGAUGUAUUUUCAUUGUUUGUGAUCUAUUAUUAAUACAUUAAUCAUUUUCAAGACCAACAAUUCAGCAUUUUUAUUGUAAAUUUAAUAUCGUGUUACUUAUUGUAUCAUGAGGUGAAUAUACCCUACUGUAUCGUUACACCCCUACUUCUGGACUAACGUGCAGUGACCAGGUGUUGCCAUACUGUUAGUAACUGUCCUGUACAAUAUUGGGGUCAAAGGUCAGUGUCCUUCAGUUCCUUUUCAGUUGUGUGAUUCUAAAAUGAAACUUGCACUUGAGGAACUUGAAGUGAACAUCAGAUUGUUAUUAAUUUUUCUCAUCUUACUAGCUGUAAGUUAUCAACAGUCCUGUGUGUUUUGAGUAACUUGUUUACUUAACAAACUGCCUCAAUUAGUGUCAGGGAGGGGGUUAGACUACAUAUUGGUUUUCACUCUUGCUAGAAUAACAUCUUGUUAUUCUCUUUAAGUAGCCGGUCAAAAGUCUGUUUGAAAUAACUCAACACAGGGCGAGGGAGGGGUUUGGCAUAGUGUGUGGGAAAUUGUCAGCUCUGACCCAGAGCAUUAUGUAAUUAAAAUAUAACACAACACAGGGCAAGGGAGGGGUUUGGCAUAGUAUGUGGGAAAUUGUCAGCUCUGACCCAGAGCAUUAUGUAAUUAAAAUAUAACACAACACAGGGCAAGGGAGGGGUUUGGCAUAGUGUGUGGGAAAUUGUCAGCUCUGACCCAGAGCAUUAUGUAAUUAAAAUAUAACACAACACAGGGCAAGGGAGGGGUUUGGCAUAGUGUGUGGGAAAUUGUCGGCUCUGACCCAGAGCAUUAUGUAAUUAAAAUAUAACAACACAGGGCAAGGGAGGGGUUUGGCAUAGUGUGUGGGAAAUUGUCAGCUCUGACCCAGAGCAUUAUGUAAUUAAAAUAUAACACAACACAGGGUGAGGGAGGGGUUUGGCAUAGUGUGUGGGAAUGUGUCAGCUCUGACCUAGAGCAUUAUGUAAUUAAAAUAUAACACAACACAGGCGAGGGAGGGGUUUGGCAUAGUGUGUGGGGAAAUUGUCAGCUCUGACCUAGAGCAUUAUGUAAUUAAAAUAUAACACAACACAGGGCGAGGGAGGGGUUUGGCAUAGUGUGUGGGAAAUUGUCAGCUCUGACCUAGAGCAUUAUGUAAUUAAAAUAUAACACAACACAGGGCGAGGGAGGGGUUUGGCAUAGUGUGUGGGAAAUUGUCAGCUCUGACCUAGAGCAUUAUGUAAUUAAAAUAUAACACAAUCACAAGCUAAACAGCAGAUGAGAUAAUUUUGUGUGGUUUUAGCAGGUGAAUUCUGUUUGACCUGCUAGGUGUAAAAAAUGGCCUGUUUGGAGCACUGGGACGACCUGGUAAUGAGAACAUUGUACCUCAGUUUGUUAUUGGUCAACAGUUUCAUAGACACAUUGCUGCGAUUGUUUUAAAGUGUACCGCCGGUGGUUUUCAUCUGUCAUACCUUUAUGUUUAUUUUUAUCAUUAUCUUCCAUGUAAUGUCCAAGUGUUGUAGUUUACUUAUCAUUUAAUAUGUAUUUUAUUAUCAACACAACUCUUAAGUCCAAAAUUGAGGAAAUUGUGAAUUGCUACAUAAAUUGCUUGUUUAAUAUCUUGUGCAAAUUACGUGCACAGUUGUUAUCCCAAAAUUGAUUCAAUCUUCUUGUAUGGUUGAUAUAAACCAGUGGUAUAUUCAUGUAAUUUUAAUUGUUGAAAGGUAAAGCAUUGUUUUUCUCAGACUGACGUUUCCUGGAUUUAACAUGAUGAUUUCAAACAGGCUUCAAUUCCUCUUUGUAAUAAGGCUUGUCUUGUCGUUCGAUGAUAUACAUCAUCUAAAUAUGACACUGAAACAACGACUGCUAGUUACUGGUAACUUGGUAAGUGAUCAUGAAAUUAUACAAAUUGUUUAAUAACUAUUUCUACUUAUUUACCUGUCUAUUUGUCUGUUUGUCUUAAUUUCCCAUCUACCACCUCUUAUUCACCUUUAUUUCCACUGGGCUUAGCAACAUUUUUUUUUAAAUCAUUAGUCAUUUAUUAUAUCUAUGAAUAUCCUAAUGUAUCCAGUAUAUUGUAUGCUUCUCAAAUAAAUUUUACAAGCUUGAUUUUUUAAAUCCGUACAGAAUAAAAUUAAUAUUAAGUAAUUAUUUGUUUUUUAAUGUUUAUGUAGGUUUUGGGGUUUUCUUUUUUGUUUGUGUUGUUUAUCUGUUUAGUUCUGAAACUUAGUACUGUGAUUCCCUGGGGCACUCUUCACAAAGUAAUAGAGAUAUAUUUUAGAAUUUUUAUUAAAUUUUAAAAAUUUAAAUAAAGAUUUAGCAUUGAAAAUGUUGAUUCUUAAACUUGACACAUGGAUAUUCAAAGGUGUUUUUUUUUACAAAUUAAUGAAUUAUGUACUGCUGAACAAUUUAAAUUUAAGUAGAGGAGCUAUAUAGGCCAAUGUGGACAUGUAAUCAAUAGGCCUCUUGUUAUUUUAUUCCCAAUACAAUACUUUUGCUUUACUUGCAAGAACUUCCUGUUUGAAUAGGACAGACUGGGGGUGGGUGGGGAAAUAUAUACAUUGUACUGUAGUUAAAUUCUAAGGAAAUCAUUUGUGAUAUAUUGCAGUAUAGUUCAAUUUUAGGCAUAGGUACUUAAUUUUUUAAAAACCCAACUUGUGGAGUAUUUCACUACUGUAUAUAUAAAUACCUCUUUUAAAAAUAAUGAAACAAAUUUUUUCAACUCGUUUUAUCAACUGUUGUUUAUUUAACAGCAUGUCAGUUAUGUACUAGUAUUUAACAGCAUGUCAGUUAUGUACUAGUAUUUAACAGCAUGUCAGUUAUGUACUAGUAUUUAACAGCAUGUCAGUUAUGUACUAGUAUUUAACAGCAUGUCAGUUAUGUACUAGUAUUUUUAGUUGCAUAUACUGCAAUGUUUGUGAAGAGAUUUCUUUGACAACCCGAACCCAUGUGGAACCCAUGUGGCUGCACACGGUGACAAACCUGGCUCUAGUACAUGAAUAUGUAAUCAUGUUCGGUCAGACAGUCAACUUUGUUUUUUCUCUCUUUUUUUUUUUUGUGCUAUCUUUGGGUGUUUUCAUAAAUUGGACAGAUGUUCCUGUUAAUUUUGUAUGGAGUUUGUGCUUUUUGUUAAAUGAAUAAAGGUAACUGGUUUCCUUCUGUUAAACAGGUAGUACAUUUUCAUAAAAUUUUGUAGGUAUAUUUUAAAUUAAACAUUUAUACAUUGUACAUUUAAGCCAAUUGGAAUAUUUUGUUUUGAUUUAAUAGCUUUGAUAAACUGAAAUCACUUUUAUUCAAAUUUGGUAUGUAUCUUUACAUGAUACAUUUGUAGGUCAAUUUUGUCAUCAAUAUUUUCAUGUAGUUAUUUCCCUUGAAUGAAAUAAUUUAUUGAUUUUAAGUCCAAUUUUAGGAGGGGAAGGGGGUAUUUUCUUCUAGUUCUAACAGAUGUUAAAAUUAAAGAUUGGUUAUCUGCUUCAAUGAGAUAUAUCACGUGUAAUGUAUAACAAUUAUCUCAUUUAUUAAUUUGAUACGGAAUAAAUCUUCUUUAUGUUACUGACAGAUUUUUACUAGUAUGUUAGUCCUGUGUUGUGUAUUUUUUUUUUAAGUUUUGAAUACGUUUCUUAAUGCAGUAUUCAGGAGGGGACGCCUAAAUAAUAACACAAAAAGUUAAUAUUAAUAUUUAAUUAACUAGUUUAUACUUUGGACUACUUUGGUGUUUGUGCGGUAUUUCAUCUGACCGUUUGAAUUGGCAAAUCCUACUGUAUCUGUGUAUAGACAUACCCUGGGCGUCACGUUUAGGUGGGAUUAUUAAAGAAUAAACAAUACUGUAUGUGAUAUCUGUGUAUAGACAUACCCUGGGCGUCACGUUUAGGUGGGAUUAUUAAAGAAUAAACAAUACUGUAUGUGAUAUCUGUGUGUAGACAUACCCUGGGCGUCACGUUUAGGUGGGAUUAUUAAAGAAUAAACAAUACUGUAUGUGAUAUCUGUGUGUAGACAUACCCUGGGCAUCACGUUUAGCUGGGAUUAUUAAAGAAUAAACAAUACUGGAUGUGAUAUUUGUGUGUAGACAUACCUUGGGCAUCACGUUUAGCUGGGAUUAUUAAAGAAUAAACAAUACUGGAUGUGAUAUCUGUGUAGACAUACCCUGGGCGUCAUGUUUAGCUGGGAUUAUUAAAGAAUAAACAAUACUGGAUGUGAUAUCUGUGUAGACAUACCCUGGGCGUCACGUUUAGCUGGGAUUAUUAAAGAAUAAACAAGACAAAAGUCACUUCAUUUGUUUACUGACUGUCCGUAAACAAAUGAAGAUGCUCAAAAACUUCAUGAACUAGCCUUUGAUGAAAAACAAAAGCAAUUUAAUGUGAUUGUGGCCAUUAGUCUUUAGAUACCAUUUAUUUUAUGAGUUUUCAGAAUUGAUCUAACUUGCGAAAGUGAGGUGGAUAUAAUUUGAAAUGUGACAGACAUAGCGUCGUAAUCUGCUUCCUACAAAAACACGUUUAGAAAGAAAAGUCUUCCAACUACGUACUUGUGAGUCAUCAGUGGCAGUUGAUAUUGGUAUUGUUAUUUUCAUUGUAAGUGAUCAGUGGCAAUCGGUAUUGAUGUUAUUUUCAUUGCAAGUUGGUAUCAGUGAUGUUAUUUUCAUUGCAAGUUGGUAUCAGUGAUGUUAUUUUCAUUGCAAGUUGGUAUCAGUGAUGUUAUUUUCAUUGCAAAAGCUAUCUGUAUUACGAGUCUGUAUAAGUAACGUUAUUUUCAUUACGAGUGUAUAAGUAACGUUAUUUUCAUUUCGAGUCGGUAUCAGUGAUGUUAUUUUGAUUUCGAGUCUGUAUCAGUAAUGUUAUUUUCAUUACGAGUCUGUUUCAGUAAUGUUAUUUUCAUUUCGAGUCAGUAUCAGUAAUGUUAUUUUCAUUACGAGUCGGUAUCAGUAAUGUUUUCAUUUCGAGUCGGUAUCAGUAAUGUUAUUUUCAUUUCGAGUCAAUAUCAGUAACGUUAUUUUCACAGUGAAUCAGUAUCGGUAAUGUUAUUUUUUUCUGCGAGUCAUCGGUGGCAAUCGGUAUCGGUAAUGUUAUUUUCACUGUGAGUCAUCGGUGACAAUUGGUAUCGGUAUUAUUUUCAUUGCGAGUCAUCAGCGGCAAUCGGUAUCUGUAAUGUUGUUUUCACUGUGAGUCAUCGGUGACAAUUGGUAUCGGUAUUAUUUUCAUUGCGAGUCAUCAGCGGCAAUCGGUAUUUGUAAUGUUAUUUUCACUGGACAUCUUGUAUUUGUAGGCCAGUGAAAAUUUCAAGAACGUUUAUCUUUUGGUUGAUGUGUCGCUUGCGGAAGUCUAGUGACAUUUGUAUAAUCCAUUCUUAGUUUGCGAUUAUAUUUAGGUCAUCAUUUACGUUCUCAUGAAGGGUCAAAUAAAAAUGAAAUGGGUUACCUCGAUUGGUUUUUGAGAAGAGUCGAAACAUAAUUUUAAACUUCCAACAAGAUAUUAUUUAAGUGGAACAACCAAAGAGUAUUCUUUGUGCCAUUGGUAUGUUGUUAGACUGCGUCUGCAGGGUGUUAUGUUUAUAGUAGGCCAUUUGUCCAGAGUAUGUGGCUAAGUUGUGUUAAAGACGAAAAUUUUCUUUAUUAUAAAACAUAACCAACAAGAUGUCACAAUACUGGAUUAUAUUAUACCGCCAGCCAGAAUUCGAAGUGGGCGGUCUGCAUGUAUAUCUAUCUACUAUAUGCAGUUGAUAUGUUCUUGAAAUGGAUGUUAGUUUUACUGUGUGUACAUGAUCUAAACCUGUCCUUUAAAAUUCUGUGAUGCAAAUGAGUGUAUUCAAUGUACUGGAUGCAACACUGUCCAUUGAAAUUGUAUAUAAUAAGCGAUGAAGUGGAUGCGAUAUCUGAUCAGAUGUAUCAAUGUCAGUCACCUGUGAUAAAAACCUUUAUGUCAGGGAUGGGUGUUAGAGAUGUAGGUUUUAGUAGAGAUAUCCUCUCAUUGGUUAACAUGAUGUCCACGUGUUAGCUAGAGAUGUCAUCUGAUUAGUUGCUAAUAUUAGCAUCAGGCGGUGUCCACGUGGUUCAUCAGGAGUGCACAUCGUUUUAUCUGUUGUAACAGAACGGGAAGCAUCCAGUGUUGAUUUGGAAUAAAUUCUCUUCAUCCUAAA